AUGAGCUUCCAGUGCCCGCCAGACUACGACCUUGUCUUCAACAAGUGCCAGAAAAAAGUUAUUCGGCCCCCCAUGCCUUCCUGUCCGUAUGGAUCCUAUAUGAAUGAAGACGGCAACUGCAUUUCUGUCGACAAAGUCCCCGCAGAGAGAACCUGUCCUGCCGGCUACCAACCCUACGAGAAAGGCUGCCUGCGCCGGGACUUGAUCCAGGCAGUUCCGUUCUGCCCUACGCACGCUUUCCAGUUGUUCCAACACGGAUCCGAGUCGGAGUGCAUUAAACUGACCGAAACGGAACCGCUUUUAACGUGCAAAGAAGGCGUUUUCGACGCCACUCUCGCCCUCUGUGUUUCCCACGGUGCCGAGGACCCGGCAGUGUCUUGUCCACCCGGCUUCGAACUCAACGCCGAGCAGGUUCCCCUUCAGUGCGAGCGGCGACUGCUCGUCGAUCCCGUUCCCGUCUGCGAAGAAGACUGGGAGCUCUCGCCAGACCCAGCGACGGGUAUUUUGGAGUGCAUUUCCAAGCGGAAACCGCCUCCCGUUCUGGUGUGCCCAGACGGCGACUCCCGGCUGGUCGACGAGGCAUGCGUCCGGGAAACCCUCUCCGACCCGACACCCGCCUGCCCCGCCGGAUUCGUCUACAGCCGGUGGGACGACAUGUGCCGUCGCGUCCAGGCCAACGCGGCGACUCCGAUCUGUCGAGAAGGCUGGAAAUUCAUCAAGGAAACGGGAAAGUGCACGCUCGAGGAAGAACCCACCUACCUGUGUCCCGGAGACACGGACGAGGACCUCCAGACUCUGCAGCCGGAAAGCAAGGAUGGAGGAGCGCAAAGCUGGUGGCCGGAGAAAAACGGCGAGCGAGCCGAACAAGAAGAAGACUCCGACCCUUGGAAAGCUGCAGGUGCCUUCACAAGGGGACGUGUCUGGGACACUGGCUUCCGAGCGAUGCAGCAGGCCGCGUUUUCGGAGCGACGCGCCCCGGGAAUGGGGAACUUCGAGACGGAAGGCAAAGCCCGGACGGUCCAGGGCCAAGCCAAGGAGUGCGCAACUGUUGAGGUGCGCCCGCCAGAACUGGGCUGCGAAAAUGGAGAGUUAGUAUCCCUGUUUGCCCUCGAAGAGCACCGAGGCACGGCGGCCGCACACGCUUCGCCGUCGCGUCUCCCUGAUAACAUCCACGGCUUUCCUUCGGCCCUUUCGGCAGAGGAUCUCGAUACUCCGUCGCCUGUCUUCGAGGAAACCCGUUCCUCGCCUUCCUCCGACUCCGGAAAAGGGCCAGCCCGUAAGCAGCACUUUGCCUCCCCAGACACUCUUGCCGCCGAAGACCUGUUCUCUGAUGCUUUUCCUGGUUCCUCUCCGUCGACUGCGUCUUCGUUUGAUGAAGGGGAACAAAAUUCAGCGUUUCCCUCGCGCCUGAAGAUGCUGAACCUUCGGCGGCCGCUCGGGGGCCUGGGGCGUGGCUCGGGGAGUUCGGGGACCGAAGACGAGCGAAAAGAGAGAGAGCAGAGGGACAAACGGGCGAAGCGAGACGAGGUCGGGGAAGCGCUGGCGUCCCCGGACAGCGCGCCUCCCUCGGCUGUCGAAGGCGAGACUCUGGAGCAGCGGGGCGAGGCGAAGGUCUCGCCUGAGACCGGAAGGAAACGGGCCCUCUCGUCCCCCAUUGGCGCCCCAGGCCCGCGCCGAGGCGGGCAAGUGGGGGACAGCGACGCGGGUCGUGAAGCGAGACGCCUGGAGGCGAGCGACGAGGGCGCUGGUCAGAACUCGGAGCCUCACGAGUCUCAGACGAAGCGACAGGAGCGGAAAUGGCCCCCCACUCUUCUCGACUCCCCGUUCCAACUUUCGUCCUCAGACCGGUGGAAACGUUCGCAGCCUCUCAAAGGCUCCGGAAGUUUCGUGUCGCAUUCCCGAGACGGUCGCUCGCCGUCCGGGACCUCGACGUCGUCCAGUUCGGUUUCCAAGACGGCGGAAGCACACACGCCUCAGGCCCCCCUGCCGCUUCACCGCUCUCCGCCCCCGUCUCGGCAGCUGUCGUCUUUGUUCGAAUCGCCACAAAAGGCGGCGUGGGUCUCGCCUCAAGGGGAGGCUCUCCGCGAACGCGCAGGACACGCGCCCUUUUCGUCCGCGUUCACUAAGGCGACCGAGUCUGGCCUCGUCUGCAGAGAGCACAUCGUCGUCGCGCCGACCGUCCUGCCGGGAGAAUGCUCGCAGAAUGGCUCGGCACCUCGAGGGCGGGGAAAGGAAGGGCUGGGGGCGAGGGAGGAGUGUGUCGAAGUCCGCACGAAGAAGCCGAUUCUCAGAUGCCCCUCUGGUCAGGUUGUCGAUGAUCUUUUUUUCACACCUCGCUGUGAACAAGUGGACGUCGAACCCGUCACUCUCGUCUGCGCCGACGGCUCGCCGCCUUCGUCUCCUCCGCACUCAGCAGGGCCUUCGUCGGCGGCCUUUGGCGACGCGCGAUGUAUGCGCAAAGAAUUCGCGCCGAGCGUCGCCCUCUGCAGCGAGGGGUCGGAGCUCCAGGCAGCGACUGGCAAGUGCGUCUUGACGCUGAAAGAGACCCCGGGCUGGACCUGCCCGACUGGGUACCGGCUGCCAGAACGCGAGUUGCCUCCCCAGAGCGCCAGGGAGAUUGUCGCCCCACACCUGGGCUCCCGAAAAGGAGACAGCGCGUCUCCGCUGGUCGUGGGCGCGCCCCUUCCCGCUGUCCAGGCUGGCUUCUGUGAGCGCCUCGAGUACGCGAAUGUGCAGUUUAUCUGUCCGGUCGGAUUUGGAAGAGAGAAGGACAAGAAAACCAAGGAGUGGGUUUGCGUGGCCGACAAGGCAGUUCCUUCCACACGCCUCUGCGCCUCGGGAUUCUUCCUCGAGGGCGACGUGUGCGUGAUGCAUCUGACCAUGGCGCCUUCCCUCGUCGACCAAGACGGCAGGCCGUUCCCCUGCGUCACGCGCGGGGACGGGACGAACUCGUGCGGGCAUGCCGCCGACUGGCAGGGGGCCUUGGGAGUCCCCGAAAAUGAAGCAUCCGGACUGAAGAAAACCGGAAAACUUUGA